AAAAAGUAACGGAACAUGCACAAUGACUCAAGAUUUUGCCAAAGCCAGCUGCAUGAUUUCGAGGGCUUUCAGAUUAUGACAGUUGUCUUAAAGCAUUUGAGCUGGACGGAAUUUAGAGUGAGAGCAGGAGAAAAUUACGAAGUCAUGUGCAAAACAGAGAUUCUACACGAAGAUUCACCUGUGGUUCUUCUUCACGACGACAAACCGCUCACUAUGAAGGAACUGAGCGUUGAUAAAGUUUACGAUUUCGACUUCAAAUACGGCCAGAAAUCUGCCGUGGAUUUUCAUAAGGAUCUUGCAGCCAUCGAUCUUAGCAUGAUGCAGAAUCCUAAAGGGACACGUCGCCGAAGGAUCAAGCGGAGAAAAUAUCCGAAACUUUCGUUUGUGCCUAGUCUCGAAGACAUUAAAGAGAAUGAACUCUUUGAAUUAUCGUUUGAGGACGAAAAGAAAGAUCUGGCCGCCAUACAUCGUGAACGUGCCCUGAGUUGUGGCUUGGCUGUGAAGGAGGAAGGUCGCCGCCAUCGCCAUAAAAGGCAUUCUAGGAGCUCAAGCGGAAGAGUCUAAAUAGCAAACGACAAGUUGUACGAGGCUAACAAUCUUAAAACGCUUAAACUGCGAAUUGAGAACGCUCUGUUUGAUGCGAACCUCGCCUUACUGUGAGGCGAUGAGAUCGACAACAGCGAGCCGCAAAACAUGUCGCGCUUGCUGUGUGUCAGGACACGAGAAUCCUUUGAAGAGUAAAGAAACUUUGCCAAGACUCGGCAAUAGGAACGAUUUGAGGAUUUUGAAAACGCGAUCUAAAGCGCAUGGAAUGGAAGAUGAUGAAAUAAACAACUCUUGUUGCAAAUAACAACCUGGAACUUUGUUAGUUUCACCAGUGACUCACGUGACGAAUGUAAAUUUCAAGCGUAAAAGAAACUAACCUCCGGGAAGAAAAUUCCUCGAUACAAUGAACAAUGCUUUAUGAUAUAGAAGUGUUCACUUCGCUUAUACAUUAGCAUCGUUUUAUUUGUUUGGACGGAACUGCGAAAAUCGUCGACGGAAUAGGUUAAAUAAAAAGCAUUAGUUCAGGCUAAGUCAAACAAUAUUUGCAUAUUUUGCAAAAAAAGUAUUGCGUAGUUGUUCGCUCGCCUUUACUUUUGCUAAAUUAACACAACUCGCUUCACUUGUAAUCAGAGGGGAAACCUGAAAUAUAUUUCUAUGUCGUACAUUUUAAGAGGGAAAGUGAAACAAGAUUUUAGUGAUGUAUUUAGGUUAACUUUUGAAAUCGAAGUCAGCAUUUUAUUUCCCUUUGAAGGGUUAAUACAUGUAUGGUAGUCGAAAAUGAACAUUAAACUGAAUUAUGACAAAGUUAA